AUGAGCUAUCAACAUCAGCUACCUGCUGUGCCAGAGAACUCGGUCGUGGCGACCUGGCAGCAGCCAGCGCCUUUGCCGCAGCAAGCUGUGCACCCAUCUUGCUUUGUAUCUCGACUGGCAGGGGAACUACUCCUUUCUCGUACCGAUAACAUGAACUUGCGUCACAUGAGUACACAGUUACAGAAGGAUGUUGGCUGUUGGCGACAAGAGUAUGAACGACUCCUUGUCGAGCACUGGAAAGUCUUGGAACAUAAUACCAGUCUCCUGGGCCAGGUUUCGAGACUCAAAGAACAGAUCCGGGUGACUAGGUCCAAGCGUACCAACAAUAGAACUCGCCGCGACGACAGUACUGUUGCGAUUCCUGUUGAGACGGCUAGCAGCGAUAACGAUCCAGCAAAUGAUCAGGUAGCUAGUGGCGCCGGUUAUUAA